AGGAAGGAAACCUACUCCACUUAUAUCUACAAGGUUCUCAAACAGGUCCAUCCUGACACGGGUAUCUCCAACAAAGCCAUGUCCAUCAUGAACUCGUUUGUCAAUGACAUCUUUGAGCGUAUUGCUGGCGAAGCCUCCAAACUUGCUUCUUACAACAAGCGAUCUACCAUUUCAUCUCGUGAAGUCCAGACUUCUGUUCGUUUGAUUCUUCCUGGUGAACUUGCCAAGCAUGCCGUCUCUGAAGGAACAAAGGCUGUCACAAAGUACCAGUCCUCGAAAUAA